AUGGUCGUCCACUUCUCCCUCAGCGAGGAGGGUGUGAGUGCGCUUCGUGAUGCCUUAACAUGUCUCAGCAAAUUCAGUGAUGAGGUCUCACUGGAGGCCAAAAGAGAUCGCCUGGCUUUCACAGCACUCAACUCGUCCAAGUCGGCUUAUGCCAACUUUUCGUUCUCCACCAACCGCUUCUUCAUCAAAUAUCAAUACGAUGGCGCCGGCCAGAACCGCGACAAAUUCUUCUGCAAACUCUACAACAAGGCGCUCCUCUCGCUGUUUCGGCAGAGAAGCGGUGAUCCAAUGCACGAGAGAGAAAAGGACACGACAAUUGAUCGCUGCGACAUUUCAAUCGUUGACGAGCCGGGCAAGAAGAGUCGAUUUGUCGCACGGAUUCUGUUCAGAAAUGGCAUUACAACAAAGUAUCGGCUGCCAUUUGAGGUGACGCCACCUGUCCACGCAAAGUUCGACAAGGACGAAGCGGUCAACAGCUGGUCCAUCUCGUCCAGGGUCCUGCGCCAGCUUAUGGAUCAUUUCGGCCCCCGUAUCGAGUAUCUUGACAUACACCCGGAUGCUGACCAGGUCGUCAACUUUACUUGUUUCACAGAAAAGGUCUCGCAUGUACUGAUGUUUAUGAACGCUGCAGAGGUGCUGAAGAAGCCGCUCCAUACAUCAAUCGCCGUGGAACGAGACGAGUUCAAUGACUUUGACGUCAGUGAGGAUGGUCUGCACAUCGUCAUCAGCGUCAAGGACUUCCGCGCAAUCAUCCAGCAUGCUGGCGCUCAGAACAGCGAAGUUUCGGCCCUGUACUCGGUCCCCUCUCGGCCCAUGCAGAUCAAGUACGAUGGUGCCGAGAUGAAAUGCGAGUUCCUACUGAUGACGGUGGGCGAGAGAGGAGUAGUUGCAGCCAAGACCAAACGAGCUCGAACCCAGGCCAAAGACGCGAGACCACCUCAGCUGGAAGCUGCAACUAGCAGGUCGGCUUCGCAUGCACCAACGCCAGCUCCACAACCAUCUGCACCAGCUGCCAUAAGUGUCAGGUCAGAUACGGUACCUUCCCUCCGACCGCCAAUCCCUACGCCAUCGCAACGACCUCCUCCGCCGAGCUUCCAACAAGAGGAGUCUCUGUUUGUGCCGCAAGACAAUGAUCACCAGUGGGAUCCUGUGGGAAUGGGCGACGAUGAUCAGGAAGAGGAUGCCCAGCUUGGAUGGGAUGCUAGUGACAAUCCGAAUCCAAAUCUGCUGAUGACUGACGCCGAGGCUCGACAGACGCAAUCCAUGAACAUGCGGUCCAUAAUGGCAAACCAGAACACCCAGGAUCCGACCGCCAGCGGCGCGAUGACAAGCACUCCUGGGUUCGAGCCAACUCAGCGGCUUUCAGAUGUGCGCAGAUUCGGCCUGUUUGGCGAUUAG